AUGUGCACCUAUAAAAAAUUUACCUAUAAUAACAAAAGAAUAUCUCGGCAAAUUUGUUGGCAAUACGUGUAUUGCUCUACAAUUUUCUUCUAUAGCUCGCGUUUAAUCGGUAAGAUGUUUUUAGAGUUUAUUUAUGUCACCACACGCAAACAAGCUCUCAGGAUGCACAGAUCGCCUACUAUGGCCUACCGGUCUUUGGAUCACAACGAUAGAAAAUUUUUAUAA